CAAAGUACAGCGCACAGUAUUUUCACAAAGCUUCCAGCCACUGCAGUGGGGAUGAUGGCAACUAACAGAUGUCCGGAGGUCUUGGAGGUACUAGGCAGUUCUUCAGAGGACGCGCCAUCGACAGAGACGCCGGGUGUCUCCUCACUGAACGCGACAGCUCUACGGGAAAGACGUCAGAGGAAAAAGCUACGGCUCAAGAAGCUCGAAAAGCGGCUGGAAAUCCUAGACAGACAAAUAAAGAAGUGCGCGGAGGCAGAGCUGAGCCUGGACGAGAUGAACAGCGGCUACAGCACCUACAUCAAGGAGGACCUGCUCAAGAGAAAGUUCAUCAAGACGUGGCAGGAGCUUUGCGAGCUCCAGCACGUCAGCGACAGCAUCGUGAUCGAGGACAGAGAAGGUUACGAGGGGACGCCGUACCCCGAGGUAAACCGCAGAGUCCAGAGACUGCUGCGACUGGAUGAGUUUCCCGACUACCUGGACAUUGUGCAGCUGUUGGAGCGAUGUAAUUCGAAGCACAGUCUCCGUAUCGGCACAGAGGAGAAGGGCCAGCUGGCGAGGAAAGUCUUCAAGGACGUGGGGAAGAUCAUGAAGCGGAGUCGACACAGGGACUUUGUGCACCACUUUGGGUCCCAUCUCACCGACACGUUUUCCACUGCAUCUGACCCUGCAGAACAGGACGAAGCUCUGUUGAAGACGCUGCAGGAGAGUCUGAGGGAGGGGGAGAAGAAGAUGCAGGCGGUGGUGGAGGAGUUUGCCGUGAGACAGGAGAAGCUGCAAGAGACCAGCGGCCAGCAGAGUCUGGAGGGAGACUCCUGCUCCGCCAACGAGGAGGAAGACGAGGAGGACGAGGAGGAGGGGAAAGAAGGGGACGGUAGGUUUGUGUAGGUUCCAACUCCACAGUUGGACACCACUCGUGGAAUGGGCUAUUAGAAAAGUACUAUAUACACACGAACCAUUGAAAAACACUGUUAAUACUUGAACCAGGUCUAUCAGUGUGCUAUAUAACUCCGUUGUGCCAAUCUGUAAAAAUGAGUUCCAGAAUGGUGUUAAAGUGUGGAGGGUUCAGAGUGUUGAUUAUUGUAUGUAGCUCCGCUGGUCAAGGAUGAGAGUGGGUGUGAAAUGGACGUGGCUCUCCAGCAAAACCCAGAGCAUCCCUACCAAGAUAGAAGAAGAGGAGGAGGAGGAGAGGAAGGAGGAGAUGGGUGUCACCAUCGCGGUGUGUUCAGUCAAGUCAGAGAGGGAACCAGUGAUGGCAGACUCCACAACCGUUCAGUCCGAGUCUCCUCUAGUCACCUCAACUCACCACCAACAAGGCCUGGCAGAGCCUGGACCAUCAGGUCUGAGUGCCGCUACCAGUUCCCACAUUAGCUCCACCUCUGACGUAGUGUGUCUGGACGACGACGAUGAUGAUGUAAUUAUUGUACUCAGUGACAGUGACCCUGCCUAGCCCCCUCUCUCAGAGUUUUUAUCUUUUCUCUUUUCAUUAUCACCCCAACAGUCGUACAUUAUUAUUAUUAUUCUGUUUUCUUGUAUAUACAACUGACAAAAAUAUAGGGUUAUGCUAGCUAUCCUCAAUGUGUUCCAUUAGCGUUCUGUACUGCUGAUGAGCCACCUCACUUUGCUGAGUGUAACACAAUAGCAGAAAUAAAAGAGAAUGUGGCAGUAUAUUAUAUAACCAUAAGGGAAACCUAGUUGGACUUUUUGCAAAGCCCUUGAUAUACUGACUGUUCCCUUUAAUGACCAAAAUGAUUUAAAACGACUGAAAAACUGUAUUACAGUUCAAUCAUCAAGGCAGGAGGCGAAUUCUUUGAAUUACAAAACAGUUGGUCAUCGAAAGCUCUAGUGACAAUUGUGGCACUGGGUCUAAUGCUUACCCCAUCUCCCGGCUUC